AUGUCCAGUAAAGAAAGAGCCAGUCAACAUCCAGUUAGCCCACAGCUUUUACAGUUACUAGAACGCAGUACUAAACUCAACCAUCGAAUCAUCAUUGGAAUCAACGGAAAAGUCGCCGAUGUAGCCCAUCAUAUUCAUGCACUUCUUUCACGCCAAAGAAUAAGACCAAAUGUUCUUUGGGCUUAUGAUAGGGAACUUGGUUUCAAAGGACCCAAAAUCACCUUAGCCCAAUGCAGGAAAAGUGCCGGCGGGACAACAUUAGAUAAUUUUGCAUCGUUUAUUGUUAAUACUCCGAUAAACUAUGUUUUACACAGUGAAAGUGAACGUGUACUUGGUACUACCACUGAUUUCUGUGUUUUGCAAGACUUCGCUAAGAUCAAAGCCAAUACACUAGCUAGUAUUAUAGAAAGUGUUAAUGGCGGUGGUAUAAUUCUUCUACCAAUCGAUCCCACUGAUAGUAUUUAUAUGCAACGAGUUUACCGUCUACUAAGCACUGCCGACAACUACUUGAUUAUCAAUCCUCAACUGAAUAUCUUACAGAGUAAUACCAGUAGUUUAGUCGUCAAUGAAAAAGAGAACAAGACGGAACAAGACGAACUGCACCAAGCCAUUGGUACUGCCGUAGAAACAGUUAAGAGUGAAAGUAAUCCUUUAAACCCACUUAGUAUCAUUAGUGCUAAUAGUAUGUCUAUUCUUAUCAACCAGUGCAAAACUCAAGAUCAGAUUCAAGCCCUACUUAAGAUGGCUAAAGUUCUUGAUCAGCGUACGACCUUUGCCCUUACAGCUGAUCGGGGUCGAGGUAAAUCAGCUGCUCUAGGUUUAGCCGUAUCUCUAGCUAUUAUCAAAGGGAUGAACGAUGUACUAGUUGUUUCACCCCAUUUAUCUAAUGUCCAAACUCUCUUCCAGUUUAUUAUUCAAGGUCUGAUGGCCAAUGGUUACAAAGACCAAAUAGAUUAUCACGUUAACUAUUCCCGGGAGAACAAAAGAUUGAUUGAAAAGAUUGUGAUUUCCAAAACACACUAUCAGUCAGUUCGGUUUUCAAUUCCUGCAAAACCAGCCUAUUCACCUUCUCUGCUUGUAGUUGAUGAAGCAGCAGCCAUUCCCUUAACUAUUUUAUCCAGUAUGAUCGGAAUGUAUCCUACUCUUCUUUCGUCCACUACGGCCGGGUAUGAAGGUACUGGUCGGGCCUUGGCCCUUAAGUUCUUCAAGUCUAUUAAGCCGGAAACCGUUCAUUUAGAAGAGCCUAUUAGAUACGGCAAAAACGAUCCGGUUGAAAAGUGGCUUAACUUAGCCCUUUCCCUCUCUCCAGAAAUACCAGCUAUGCCCACCUUCCCUAAGCAUGAGAAGUGCCAACUCUUUGCCGUUAACAAGUCUCUACUCUUCUCCGGGCAACCAGAAACUGAAAAGAUCUUAUCUUCCCUAACCAGUAUUCUUCUAUCCGGGCAUUACAAAAACAGUCCCAACGAUAUUCAACUUCUAGCUGAUAAUCCCAAGCACACUCUACUUACACUUAUUUCAGCUGAAGGUUGUGUGCUUGGUGUUCUCCAAACUGCCCAAGAAGGUUCACCCACCACGACCGCCGCCCAAGAACAAGCCUACAAAGAAAUGCGCACGGAAGAGGGCAAUCUUAUUCCCUGGUCUCUCUCACAGUACUAUCUUGAUCUUGACUUUUUCAAACUCGCCGGUCUGCGUAUCGUUCGUGUUGCCAUCCAUCCCGAAGCACAGUCCAUGGGCUAUGGCUCCCACCUAAUUAAGUCCCUAAUUAACUCCAUUAGCACCAGUAAUAACAAUACCCCUAGUAACACUCCUGACAAUACCCAUGACAAUACCAACUCAUCUCAAUCUAAUGUUCUUUUCCAGACACCACAAUUCGCUCCCCAAGACUAUUUAGGUGUUUCUUAUGGCGUCACACUUCAACUCCUUGAGUUCUGGAAACGCCAAAGAAUGUCGCCUGUUUAUCUUAAACAUACUAUCUGCAAAACAACCGGUGAGCAUUCACUGAUCAUGCUCCAUCCAUUCACUCCCCAGGCCAAUACUUAUACUAAUAAUUUCUCAGGUGAAUUCACCAGACGCUUUAUUGAACUUCUUCCCGGCUGUUUCCGAUCUCUCUCCCCACUCAUUGCCAUCCAACUUAUCACUCCACUCCAUGAAACACACUCUCCUAUCCCCCAACCAGAUCUGUACCGAAUGAAACAGUUUUCCAAAUGCAGUCUUGAUUUGCGUCUUAUCACUGAUCUUUUGCCAGGUUUAGCCAAAAACAUCCUUUUAGCCAAAAAACAACAACUAUCUUUAACCCAAAAAAUUAUCUUCUUAGCCCUCGGAUUACAACAUCAAAAACCAAAAGAAAUAGAAAGAUAUCUAAGUCUAACUACUACCCAAAUACGUAUGCUACUAGCCAAAGCCCUCUAUACACUAUCUGCGCUUAAAUAA